AUGAGCGACUCCGACGUGCCGCGUGCGCACCGCCACCGAAGCGCACGAGGCGAAUCAUCCAGGAGAGACAGGCCGCGGAAGAAAGAAUCGCGGACGCGGAGAGGCGCCAGCAGCGCAGAUGAAGGCAGAGCCGACAGGCGCAGCAGGUCACAGUCACAGUCGCUUUCCGCAGGGGCGCUGGCGCAACUGAACCAGGAUAAUGUGAGGCAGCAGAGACAUGCUGAUCGCGAGCGGAGGAAACGGGAGCGAGAACGAGGGGAGGCGCAUGACGACAGAGCCCGGGAGCGCGCAGAGAGGCAGCAAAGGCGAGAGCGAGAACGCGAGCGCGAACGGCAGCGGGAGCGGCAGCGGGAGCGGGAAAGGACAAGAGCAAGAGAGAGAUCACCAAGUCCCGAUCCAGAGGUUGAGCCAAUCAUUGUGCCAAAGAAGUACCGUAAGCCGAGCAAGCAGAAAAAGUCCAGAGUUGUCAGCGGGGCGGCGAUGGAGGAAGGGAGGUCCAAGGGAUGGGGGUUCAGAAUAGGAGGCUUCUCGCGAGACGAUAGCUAUGACAGUUUGAGAAAGGAAGACAUGUAUAGCGAGCCGGCAAAGAAGAAGAAGAAGACGAAGAUGUCCAAGAGAAAGAAAUGGAUCAUUGGAGGCAUUUGUGCCCUUGUUCUCCUCAUCAUCAUUAUCGUGGCCGCGGUGCUGGGCUCAAAGCACAAAUCGGGCGGUGAUAGUAACGAUAGUUCGUCCUCUGGACCUCCCGCGAGCAACAGCGAUGUACCGACCAAGUGGAUAAAUACUUAUCUCGACCCUUCGACUUGGGCGAGCACGGAAGAUUUCAACACUACCUUCACCGACGAGAUGGUUGGAAACCUCCCCGUCAUGGGCCUUUACUCGAAAUGGGACGAUUCUGCCCAGGCGAACAGCAAUGUGCCUCCGUUGGAUAAGUCCUGGGGAGACUAUUCGAAAACGCCGGCCAGAGGUGUCAACUUGGGAGGGUGGCUAUCACUUGAGCCUUUCAUCACGCCAUCUCUCUUCAAUUACCCUCUCAGUUCUGGGGUUGUGGACGAGUGGACUCUAUGCGCACAUCUCGGGGCGCAGGCUGCAUCAACGCUUGAGAACCAUUACAACACCUUUGUUACUGAGAGCACGUUCAAAGACAUUGCCGACGCUGGGCUAGAUCAUGUCCGAAUUCCGUUCUCAUACUGGGCCGUCCAGGUCUAUGACGGCGACCAGUACGUCUAUCGAACUUCGUGGCGAUACCUCCUACGCGGCAUCGAAUGGGCCAGGAAAUACGGUCUACGAGUCAACCUCGACUUACACGGCCUACCGGGGAGCCAGAACGGAUGGAAUCACAGCGGGAGACAGGGCCCGAUCGGCUGGCUCAACGGCACCAACGGGGCACUAAACGCACAACGGUCUCUUGAUGUUCACAACAGCCUCUCUCAGUUCUUCUCCCAGAAGAGAUACCAGAACAUCAUCACACACUACGGCCUAGCUAACGAGCCUAAGAUGACCUUCCUUCAAGCCAGCGCUGUGGUCAACUGGACAGAAACGGCAUUCACCAUGGUUCGCAAAAACGGCUUCAAGGGGCUGGUCAUCUUUGGUGAUGGCUUCAUGGGCCUGAACAACUGGCAGGGACUCAUGCAGGGCUACGAUGGGCUGGUCCUCGACGUCCACCAGUACGUAAUUUUCAACCAGAACCAGAUCGACUUUACGCACCAAAAGAAGGUGCAGUAUGCGUGCCAGGGGUGGACAGAGCAGGCACUGCAGAGCCAGGACAAGAGCACAGGCUACGGGCCCACGCAAUUCGCCGAAUGGUCUCAAGCAGACACGGACUGUGCCAAGUUUGUGACAAACGUAGGCCAGGGCAACCGGUGGGAGGGCACGCUCAAUACGGGCAACGCCAGCACGUCGAUUCUGUCGCCAGACUGUCCUACCAAGAAUAGCCAAUGCUCGUGCGCCAACGCCAACGCGGAUCCUAGCAAAUGGAGCUCCGAGUACAAGAACUUCUUGUCCAUGUUUGCACAGGCGCAGAUGUACAGCUUCGAAAAGGGGCUCGGGUGGUGGUACUGGACGUGGAAGACGGAGAGCUCGCCGCAAUGGAGUUAUCAGGCUGGGAUGCAGGCGGGCGUGUUGCCGCAGAAGGCGUGGGAGCGGGAUUUCAACUGCGAUACAGACGUGCCGGACUUUGCGGCGAACGGAUUGCCAGAGUAUUAUUGA